UCUUCAAUAGAGACAAUAUAUAUCGUUUCUUUUUAUCAUACGCUUCAUAUUUAGUGAACCAUGCCUCAAGCUAAUUUAAGGGAACAAACGCGAUCGUCAGCCGUCGAUUCAAACUCCGCCGCAAUUGGAGAGUCAGAUCAACAGCUUGGCGAAGCGCAAGGCAAUAGUGCCGUCGCAGGACAUUCACGAUCCGCGUCUGGUUCUCGUGUAGAAUGGGAUGCUAUAAUGGAAAUAGAAUUUUGCCGGGCCAUUAUGAAGAAUAGGCCAGUUGGUAUCCAUAGACAUUUUCGUAUGGUGAACAUACAUCGCGACUUUAACGCAAAUAGUCCAGUAAAAUGUUCAAUACCGGAACUAUGGGAACAAUUUAGUAAAUAUUAUAAUAUAGAAAAACUUGAAGAAUUAGAACGUGAAUUUGAUGAUGAAGGUGAUGAGGAUGGCCCACAUGCAGAAUUCACUCUACCUAUGGAAGAAUAUUAUAACCUCAUCGCUGAACAUCGAAAAGCUGGUUCUUCACGCGGUGCUUCACCCUCACCAGCACCUUCAAAAUCUCAAAAAGGAAAAAGAGAACCUUCUUCAACUCCAUCACAUACUGCUUCAAUUGAGACUUCACCUGAACCUGAAGAUACAAAGAAAAGCAGAAGAACGAGGAAUGCAAGAAAAUCAGAUGCUUCUGAAACCGUAAGAACACCUGCACCAGCAAAGCGCGGUAGGGCUAGAAAGACAUCAGAUGCUAUACCAACGUCAACUGGACCUUCCAAACGUGGUGGUCGCAGAAAGCAAAAGUAAUUUUUCCAAAAGUAUAUAUACAUUGCACAAACUAAAAUUUAUAGAUUAGGCAUAUAAGGGCUGGAUUUCUGAAAAUUGCCUAGUUUAAUUAAUAUAAUUAAUAUAUACGUAAUGUGCUAUGUAUGUGAUGUUGAUUGGUAUAUUUCAUAAAAUACAAUCUAUAUGUAUAUAAUAGUUAUUGGUUAGGGGGUAAAAUAUCGGUCACCCCGAAGGGGUGACACGAUAUUUUAUCCAACAUAACCAAUAACUAGAUUAUUGCGUCAGUCACGCAAGAUCAUGCUAUUAUUAUAGUAAGAGUAUAACUAAACUGCAAAUAUAUUUGAUAUUUAGCCAUCAACAAAAAAUAUCAGUCCGUCAAAAUCUGCAUGAUCCUAUUAGACUGACCAAUAAAAUAUAAUACAAGUUCUGAUAUAUAAAAUAUAAUCUAGAGGAUUUAAAUAUGACUAAUGAAAAUAAAGAUAUUAAAAUCUAAAAUUCGAGAA